GCCGCCAAAAUAACAGCAGUUAUCUCAUUGCACUUUUCAUACAGAGCAGGUCUAAGUUAUACCCUAACGUUACUCUUUGUAAUAUUGUUUACAGAGAUCCAACAAUGCUCACCACGAGUAAGCACGUAAAUCUAUCAAAUGUACAAACAGUUGGAAAUAUGAGUCAGUGAGCACUGAGCAGACCUCCGCAGAUAUUUACUACAGUCUUAACACAUUCAUAGUAACCGCACAUCUAUGUUCAGCAUCUAAAAGCAGAAUGUUAACAAAUAUAAGCUCCACAGACUUUAACAAACACACAAAUGCACAAAGGACAAUACAUGCAGGCUUUGGUCGAGAAGGGGCGGUGACUGUCGCGAGCAAGUGUUGUAUAAAAGGUGUUGAAAGCAGAGUCAGUGUGAGUGUCCAUGCUGCUGGGAGCCGCUUCACUGACCACCGAAACACAACAGGCUCAUUUAUUAAAGUUACCGAAAUAUGGCGGCUUCCCUGCUGAGGAUAGGACGACUGGGCUGUGUCAAGGCUGACAGCUGGAGGACUUUCAGUAAAGCACCUGCAGCUGUAUCCCUUAGCACAAAAUCUGGGGGUUCCAAGAAGUCGUCAAAAAAGAACAACUCAGACAAAGACAAGGCUAAAACAUACUUCGAUAUAGAGAAACUUGUCCAGCACAAGUCAUAUGAGUUUCCCAAGAAUGAAGUUUCUCCAGCGGCAGCAACCGCUGCAGCCGCAGAAGCUACAGCAGCUGCAGAGCUCAGACCCUCUGCUGCUGCACCUGAGGCAGUGGCAACCACCCCUGUGGUAGACACCACUCCCAUUACUGAAGUUAUCCCCAAACCUGUCUCAGCAGCUGAAGCUACACCCAUUUUUGAAGCACCUCCCGCUGUCGAAGCAGUCUCUGAAUCUGCCCCUGCAUCUGUAGUUGAAGCUGGCGCUGAAGCAAUACCAAUGGUUGAGCUUGUUGCAGAAGGGGUUGCUGAAGUUGUACCAGUGGUUGAAGCCAAUGCUGAAACUUCAGCAUGUAUAGCUGAAGCCGCUGUCUCUGCAGCUGAAACGGCAGCCCCAGUUAUUAAAGCUCCUGCAGCUGCAGCUCCUGCUUUUGAAACCGCUCCAACUCCUAAUGCUGCUCCAGCAAAACCUCCUGUUGAAGCAGCCCCUGAAGCAACAGGUGCUAAAGUUCCUGUAGAAGCUGCACCUGAAGCCCCUGCUGCAGAAGCUGCACCACUUGUAGAAGCUGCCCCUGAAGCCCCUGCUGCAGAAGCUGCACCACUUGUAGAAGCUGCCCCUGAAGCCCCUGCUGCAGAAGCUGCACCACUUGUAGAAGCUGCACCUGAAGCCCCUGCUGCAGAAGCUGCACCACUUGUAGAAGCUGCACCUGAAGCCCCUGCUGCAGAAGCUGCACCACUUGUAGAAGCUGCACCUGAAGCCCCUGCUGCAGAAGCUGCACCACUUGUAGAAGCUGCACCUGAAGCCCCUGCUGCAGAAGCUGCACCACUUGUAGAAGCUGCACCUGAAGCCCCUGCUGCAGAAGCUGCACCACUUGUAGAAGCUGCCCCUGAAGCCCCUGCUGCAGAAGCUGCACCACUUGUAGAAGCUGCACCUGAAGCCCCUGCUGCAGAAGCUGCACCACUUGUAGAAGCUGCACCUGAAGCCCCUGCUGCAGAAGCUGCACCACUUGUAGAAGCUGCACCUGAAGCCCCUGCUGCAGAAGCUGCACCACUUGUAGAAGCUGCACCUGAAGCCCCUGCUGCAGAAGCUGCACCACUUGUAGAAGCUGCCCCUGAAGCCCCUGCUGCAGAAGCUGCACCACUUGUAGAAGCUGCACCUGAAGCCCCUGCUGCAGAAGCUGCACCACUUGUAGAAGCUGCACCUGAAGCCCCUGCUGCAGAAGCUGCACCACUUGUAGAAGCUGCCCCUGAAGCCCCUGCUGCAGAAGCUGCACCACUUGUAGAAGCUGCACCUGAAGCCCCUGCUGCAGAAGCUGCACCACUUGUAGAAGCUGCACCUGAAGCCCCUGCUGCAGAAGCUGCACCACUUGUAGAAGCUGCCCCUGAAGCCCCUGCUGCAGAAGCUGCACCACUUGUAGAAGCUGCACCUGAAGCCCCUGCUGCAGAAGCUGCACCACUUGUAGAAGCUGCCCCUGAAGCCCCUGCUGCAGAAGCUGCACCACUUGUAGAAGCUGCACCUGAAGCCCCUGCUGCAGAAGCUGCACCACUUGUAGAAGCUGCACCUGAAGCCCCUGCUGCAGAAGCUGCACCACUUGUAGAAGCUGCCCCUGAAGUUGUCCUUGCUGGAGUCCCUGUAGAUGCAGCCCCAGAGCCUGUGGCUGAAGUUUCUGUCCCUGUGGAGAGUGCAGAGGAGCUGGUGGACCCUGCUCCAGUCAUAGCUGAAGCUGCAGGAGAGGAACUGCAGAUGGAGGCCCCAUCUGAACCAGUUGAACUAUCUGAGGCUCAAAUGGACCCCAUUCAGAAGCUCUUCUUAGACUCCAUACGCGAGUACUCCACAAAAAGCCAGUGUACUGGGGGGCUAGUCGAUGCAGGUUCAGAGUACGAAAAGGCCUUGGCAGAUGAAAUAGCAAAGCUUCAGAGACUAUAUGGUGGUGGAGACCUCACAUCUUUCCCAGAGUUCAAAUUCACAGAGCCCAAGCUGGAUGAAGUCUCCCAGAAGUGAACAUCAGCACUUCGCAAUUGAACUUUUCUACUGUCACCCUUUUCCUUUAGAUGUGUGCGGUGUAGUGGAACAUUAACAGUCUGUUUUGAUGUCAAAGUUGCAACAAACCCUUGCCUCUAGCUUUAUAUCUGAGAAUAGAGCUGUUUCAGUAGCUAGAUAUUUUAUGGGAACAUAAGCUUAAGCACUUUAGAUGUACAUUUUUGGCAGACAAGGUGAACAUUGAUCCAUGGCUGAGCUGUAGAGGAAAUAAUAAAUUCCAGUCCAGAUUUGUUCCUAUGUGCGCCUCUUUCUGCUGCGGUCAGUGAAAGUAUGACAUCAACAUCACAAAUGACUAUCAUUUUAUGCUGACUAUCACUCUGUCUUGGCAGUCAGCAUUUUAUUUUCACAAACACCCAUAUCACAUCUGAAAUGUGUAAUAUAAAAUGCUUUUUAAAAAGUA